CAAAACACAGUUCUUGCUUCUUUUAUCCUACUCAUUAGUCAGAAGUGGUCACCAUUUGCAAGUUUAUGUAUAUAUUUGGUUAGGACUCGUCGAGGACAUAUUUUUAAAAGAUGAUUAACAUAGUUUCCAGGUCUGCGAACUUGGCACCAUACUUGAAAGCGUCAACACAGGCUGUUGCGUCUCACAUAAAGCAGCUGAACCCUGCUGUUCCAUCACCAGUGAAGAUUGUCGUUCCACCAGCUUUAGAAUUGCUCACAAGUUUUUCCUUAAGUAAUUCCUUACCUUCUGCUCCAGUCCGAGCAUUGUCUGGUCCAGGAGUGACAACGCAAGUAAGAUUUGCUCAUACGGAUAUACAGAUUCCAGAUUUUUCUGCAUAUAGAAGGAAAGAUGUACAAGAUAUUACUGCAGUCACUAGAAGAAGUGAAGAUGCACGUAAAUCCUUCUCAUAUCUUGUUGUUGGAGGUGGUGCUGUUGUUGGAGCAUAUGCAGCCAAAACAUUAGUGGGUGAAUUUAUAAGUUCAAUGAGUGCAACUGCAGAUGUCCUCGCACUUGCAAAGAUUGAGGUCAAACUGGGUGACAUACCUGAAGGCAAGAGUGUUACCUUUAAGUGGCGUGGCAAGCCAUUGUUUAUCAGACACAGAACACCAAGUGAAAUUCAGACAGAGAGGAGUGUUGACGUACCGUCUCUCCGUGACCCUCAACAUGACGCUGACAGAGUGCAAGAAGCUGAGUGGCUAGUGAUCAUUGGUGUGUGCACGCAUUUGGGCUGUGUGCCUAUUGCAAAUGCAGGUGAUUUUGGUGGUUAUUACUGCCCGUGUCACGGUUCACAUUAUGACUCGUCUGGCCGUAUUCGAAAAGGACCUGCGCCUCUUAACCUUGAAGUUCCACAUUAUGAGUUCCCUGGUGAUGGAACCAUAAUUGUGGGUUAAAUGUAGAUACAGUUUAAAGAACUAUUUAGCAGGCAGAGAUUUUUGUCCAGAGGACAUGUUAUGAAUUAUUGUGUGGCUGACAUCACGUGGUGCAAUGUUUUUACCCAAGAUGUUGAUAUACUUGUGUAUUAAAGUGAAUAGAAUAAACCAUUUGCCUGUAAGUAAAUCUGUACAGUAGAUAAUAAAAUUAAAUGUAUUAUACCAUGA